AUGUCAAGUACACCGGAUGACAAGCCCCAGCGGGCCACAGCUGCGCAACUAGCGGCUCGAAAAAUCAAGGAUGUUCGAAGGCGGCCGCGUGCUGGCACACCGUCCGGUUCGGCUGGUGGCUCGUUUGGUUCGCCAUUCAAUUCGAUCGAUCCGAACACAGUCUCUUCCCCAUCUCUUGCUCAACAACCGAUGACAAACGGUUUCAGUUUUGGGCAAUCACAAAGUUUUCCUCCGGCUAGCCCAACUCCUAAACCGCCUGCUCAGAACGGAGGAUCACAAUUCUCUUUUGGCUCUGGUGGUGGUUCAUCGGCCUUCAAUUUCUCUGCCUCUUUCGGUGGAACAGCAUCAACACCUGUCAGUAAUCCUUUUGCAUCUAUGAAUACUGGCGGUGCUAGUCAGCAAGCGCCCGCGAGCAGUUUUUCCGGCUUCAAAGGCAACCUGUUUAAUGUGCCUUCGACUGGGAGUCAGUCUCCCGCCCAACAGCCUUUGCCGUCUGGAGGGCUAUUUGGAGCUGGGUCUCAGCAGAGCAGCUCUGCAGGGGGACUGUUUGGUAGCAGUGCUAAUAAUGGACCCUCGGCUCAAUCUGGCAUUGCUACUCCAUCAAACGGAAGCAUCUUCGGCCAGUCCACUGGUGCUUCUUCAUCGAACAUCUUCGCGCCAUCGGAGGCGGACAAGCCAAAUCCCUUUGCGCAAAAUACGGCAUUUGGUGGUGACUCGAUGCAGACCUCUCCAGACGCUAAAUCUUCCUCUCAGAAACCGUCACUAUUCAGCAGCGGAAGCGGCGGCUUUAGUGUUUCCACGAACUUUGGCAGCUCUGGUGCAGGUAGUCUUUUUGGCGGUCAAAGUUCGGCGUCGUCUCAGACUCCAUCAAAACCCUUGUUCGGAGCGAAGCCAACCGAGCAAACAACCUCUGCAUCGCCUUCUCUGUUUGGCGCCUCCUCUUCCGCCCAGCCUGCUUCCUCGACUCCUGCCGCGUCGUCUUUCAGUUCUGCACCGUUGACAACUGGCAAUACCUCAUCCUCGCUCUUCAGUACAUCGACUCCGAAACCUGCGACAACGGGACAAAAUCUCUUCCAACCUACUACAAGUCUAUUUGGUGCAUCUACUUCUUCCACCGCGCAAAAACCCUCCGAGGAAAAGGCCCAGGAAGGGACAAAGGCAAACCAGUCUACUUCAACCCAGCCAUCGUUCAGCUUUUCCUCUACCACAACUGGCGCGUCAUUAUUCUCCAGUAACGCAAGCGGGGCUCCAGCCCAGUCCACUGGUCCGUCGCAGCCUGUAUCAACAGGGAGUUUGUUCGCUCCCGAACCUGCGUCUACUGAACAAGAAAAGCCGAAGCCUGCUGAAGGAAAUCCUUUUAGUAGUUUAUUCGUCCCCAAGCCAGCAAAUGCGGAAAGUCCUAAGCCUGAGCAGAAAUCGUUGCCUUCCUCAAGCCCAUUUGCUCCGAAGCCUGUGUCUAGCGAAGGCGCGAAGACGAGCGAGCAGCCGAAGACAUCUACCCCUGCAUCGCCCUUCUCUGCUCCAACUCUUGGUGCAGCAUCUUCGCCUGUAUCUCAGUCUACUGCUUUUUCAACUUCAGCACCACAGACAAGCUCUUCAAUUUCUGCCUUCUCCCCCACUACAACCCCGCAGAAUCCCUUCAAGACCAAUGGAGUUAAGCCAGCUGGCAUAAAUUCGCCAGUGUCGUCUACUACUAGUAGUUCGGCUUUGAGCUUUGAUAAGCUUCAACCUGCGAACAUGCCAUCCGGCCUGGAUAAGGGUACCAAAGAAGAAGUGGAAACUGUUCAUCGUGUUCGCUUGCUAAACGCCUGUUUCCAGCGCGAAGUUGCAAAGCUGGAUGCUACCACCAACAGCUUCGAUCAACUGAUGCAGUUUUACCUGCGCGUUCGUGAGACAAUUGGUGCUCCGGUUGAAUGGGCGGGUACCAAGCGCAAAGCUUCUGAUAGUGAUAACACGGUUGAGCCUUCUAGGAAGGCUGCGACAUUCGGCAACGGAAACUUGGCCUCCAGCGCUGCUUCACCGGACACCACGACGUCGUCGAAGCUUUUCAGUGGCAGUCAAAACGCACCUUCGACCAGUAACAAGAGAAAGGCGACUGGGGAUGAUGAUAGCGAUGCAUCCUCGCCUGCGAAGCGUGUAGAUGGUGACUCCGCAACUGCCAACAUUUUCGCAAACUCUUUCUCAAGGUCCAAAACCAUUGAGUCCAAUAAACCAGCAGGCACUCCAUCUCCCAAGAAACUUGAUGCUCCUGUCCUCAAACCAUCUACCCCAGAGUCCAUCAAACCUAGCCUUUUCUCCACAACACCAAAAUCAUCGCCUCCUAAGCUGGCAUUUUCCGCAUCCUCGGCUCCCAAAGAGUCUUCAGCAUCAAGUGCAACUUCCUCUCAAUCUAUGCCUGCUUUCAAACCCGCUUUUACUGCGUCAGCAAGCGGUACCCCUUCCCCAAGUCCUUUCGUCGUCAAAGCUUCAGGUGAUGCAGGCCCUAGUACUUCUGCGCCUCCUCUAGCUAUUCCCAAAUUCGGCUCUGGUGGCCCUAUCAACUUUAUGUCUCAGUUCAAAGCUCAGGCUGAGAAGAACGCUGAAAAGGAGAAGGAAAAACGCAAGGCGGAAGAGUUUGACUCCGACGAAGAUGAUGAAGCAGAGUGGGAACGCAAAGACGCCGAAAAGCAGCGAAAGAAACGUGAGGAACUUGAAGCGCAACAGAACCGACGCGCUAAAUUCGUUCCCGGUCAAGGAUUCUCUUUUGAAAAUUCAGCUACAGAAGAGGAAAAAUCGAACACGAGCGCUGCCUCGUCAGUCUUGGAUUCUAAACCAAACUCCUUUUCAAGCUCUAGCAACAUAUUCGGUCAUUUGUCUGCAACACCAUCUGAAAGCGGGGAGAAUGAGCACGAUGCCGCUGACGACACGGAGGAAGACUCUGUUACCGGUGAUGAUGCCGUUAGAGAAUCCUCUUCUGCGCCGACAGAAGACCUUCACGCAAGUCGAGCUGAUUCCAAGAUAAACAGUACGGCAUCCGCCCCCAGAAGCAGUGAUGAGGACGAUUCUACAAAGGAUUUGAAGAAGUCAAAACAGGCGGACAACUCCGAACAACACGGCGCUGAAGACGGAAGCUCAGGUGGCCGCAGCUUGUUUGAUCGCGUGGAGUAUAAUAAGGACGGAAAGCCGAAGCGCCAGGGUGACGACGCUAAACCUGCUUCCUCGCUUUUCGGAUCUCCUCAGUUCGCGUCACCUUUCAAUAGUUCCUCUGCGUCUACUCCAAACCCAUUCGCUGCGUCGGCGCAAUCCCAAGAUAAGAAACCGGAAGAAGGUUCCACACCCAAACCUUUAUCCACCAACAUUUUCGGUUCUCCGACUCCGGCUGGUAGUAUCUUUGGUAAUUCAACGUCAGCUACCUCAGGCGCAAGCACCCCUUCGAUUUUCGCUACUGGUUCCAGCGCCACCAAGCCUGGCAGCGACAAUACUUGGAAACCAAAUACGCCCAUCAAGUUUUCAUCUGAUUCUGCACCAGGUCUAACCUUAUCAGCCAAAUCCGAAACCGCAACGGCAGCACCAGCUUCUGAAUCCUCUAACCAUCAUCCAACGCUCUUUGGGGCUCCGUCCGCAGGUGCUCAACCUGGCCCAAGCGGUAACGAGGGAACUGCUGGCUUCUCAUUCGGUGGUCCUUCCCAACCAGGAUCUUCUUUUUUGACACCAUCUGUGCUCACUUCCGAGUCCCAGAGCCGUGCCACAACACCGGGUGUGACUUCCGAUACUGGAGCCGAAGAUUCCGCCGAUGGAGACGCUCAAAAGCCAGAACCUCAGGUUGACCUUGCUAGAAGUGGUGCCGGCGAAGAAGACGAAGACAUCGUAAUAGAAACACGAGCACGUGCUUUGAAGAUGGUAGACGGAUCCUGGGCUAGUCAAGGUGUGGGUUUCUUGCGCAUCUUAAAAAAUCGAACCACGUCCCGCAGUCGCGUCCUCGUUCGAGCCGACCCUAGCGGAAAUGUGGUCCUGAACGCCAGAUUGAUGAAGGAGAUUAAGUACACCGUGAACGGAAACAACAUACAAUUCCUUGUUCCCAAGGCCGAAGGCGCACCAGAGAUGUGGGCUCUUCGUCUCAAAGCUGGCGAAGCCCUGAAAGUUGGGACUGCCAUGGACGAGAACAAGUCGUAA